UUGGCAGCCGGUCGCUGCGACAGGGUUUAAAUUCCCCGAGGCUGGAGAUGUCAGGCAGUCCAGGGGACAAGGGGAGAAAGCCUGAGCGACUCGGAGGCGACUGGCUGGAGCUGUUGCUGGGAACGCUAACAGAGCUCCUGUCGCAACUGACUCUUCCAGCAUCACAACAGGUAGAACAUCACAAUGAAGGUGGCAGUGCUUUGUCUGUGCCUUAUCAGCAUCGCCGGUGCAUGGCCAGUGAGUAAAUCCAAGCAGCAUGCCAUUUCUGCCAGCUCUGAAGAAAAAUACGACUCCAGGGGCCAUCAUUCACACAGACACGACCGCCACGUGAAUUUUCAGCCUCGCGAGAGUCUGCUGCUUCCACGAGAUGACCUGGCAUCACCUCAUCAGACUCUUUAUUCUUCAGAAGAAAGAGCUGAUGUCCUCGGACAAGCGCGCUUGCCUGCCCUGUCAAGCAAGAGCCGUGAAGAUCCAGAUGACGAUGUAGACGACGAUGAUUCCGACGACACAGAUGAAUCUGAUGAAGUUGUCACGAACUUUCCCACCGAUGCUCCCGUAACUGCACCCUUCCCUCCCUACCCUUUCACCCGGGGAGACAACUCAGGCAGAGGCGACAGCGUGGCAUACAGAAUUAAGGCAAAAGCCGCAGUGGUGAAGUCCAGCAAGCUCCAGAAAGCUGCAAGAAAGCUGAUCGUACACGAUGCCACCGAGGAGGACGAGAGCGCCCUGGCCGCGGACAGCCACCAAGGGGGGCUCUCCCAGGAAGGCCUCGGCGCACGCCACCUCGCCGGGAAGUACGUCGACAGCAGGGAAUGGGGACGCAAGAGCCUCGGGCAGGACAGCGACGAGGUUGUCCGCAAGCUGCCCGACUGGAGCGUGGAAAACGACAGCCGGCAGAAAUUCGACAGCCUGGAGGCCCAGAGAGACAGCAGCGAGCGGGGGCUCAGAGGCCACGGCCCCCUGAGCAAGGAAAGCAGGGAGAGCCGGGCCCACAUUUCAGCUCAGGUCACGACAGUCGACGAUAACAGCAAUCAAACCGUGGAGAGUGCCGAAGAUGUUCGAGACCGUCGCGGCAUUAAAAGCAACGAAGUCACCCUUUAAGGGGAAACGAAUCUAAUUUUUCUUUCUCUUUGUAAUUUUCACUUGAGGGGGGAGUAGUUUCAUUUCAGUAAUUGUUUGUAAAUGUAGAACACGUGGUGAUUUUUUUUUUCCUCCAAGUUUGGGGCAGAAGUUAGGUGGUUUUAUUACCCAGGCGGUCUCCUGUAUGCGAUGCUAGCUCUGCUUUCCAUUACGCAAGUGCAAGCCCUCCUUACUGCAUCUGUUACUGCUCUGUUUGAAUGUGAUAAUGUACGUAGGAGCAAGACAAAUGCUGUUUUACGCACAGAAUGAAUGUUAUACCUCCUUGGGAUACUGUACUCCAUAAUGCCAGUGUGUAUUUUGCUGUAACGGAGUUUAAAUAAAAGGACAAAAUCCUGUA